CGUCGUUCGUUUAUAUCACAAAACUUGCUAUUCUCAGCAUACGACAUACUUGUUCCGGGGAUUUAAGUAACAAUCGAUCCCGACGUGCCACGAGAUGGGAGGGGCAUAAUGAAGACUCGGGCUAAAAACUUACAAGGACUAUCGUGAAACAGUGAACAAAUUUCACUUAUUUAAGGCGUGGAAAAUAACAUGACGUGUUGUGCGACACGUAGGUCGAUGAAAAUACAAUACUAACAUGGUAUAAGUGCGUACAACCGGAUAUACAGAUACAUGUGUAUAGUGUUUGGCUCAUAAGCUAUAGUUUUAUUACUUGUAAGACUUGACAGUAAAUGUGACAAAUGCCGACUAUUCAUAUUUUCCAGCUAGACCGUACCGCCCAUUCUGCCGUCACAGCCAACUCCAGUACGACUCUCAUGGCAAACACGGACCCUGUUCCGACGUUUCCGCCUCUGGUGACUGCAGAUUACGGAAUACCUGACGGCUACUUGAUUCCUUAUUUAGCGUCGAGAGACGGUUUUCACAGGGUUGCGGAGCACGAUCAGCCGUUGGACUUCUCAAAGAAGUCUAGAAGCCCCAUUGAACCGUCAGUUGAAGUUCGAGAACGAAAUUUCACACUGUCUCCAACACACCAUAAUGAAGCAGUCGAGCAGUUAGAGACGUCCGAAUCGUUUGUUCCUUUUACCGCCAAAACAGAUCAUGCCCAAGGAUUAUUUCUAUCAUCCCCUUCCACGCUCAGUGGAAAACGAAAUUUGGGGCAAUCCUCUACCUCGAACAGUCUGUUUCCUUCUGAAGUUGAGCUAAGCCCCAAACUUGAUGGGUCACCAGAUAAAGAUUGUGUAAUUAAUCGUUUGCACACAACUAUUCCUUCAAUCCAACCCAACACGGUGGCGGAAUCCAGAAAAACGGACAAAUAUAUUAGACCGUUCAAGGCUUAUCCUAACGACCCACUACAAGGAUAUUAUAACUAUCCUGUCCAGUUUCCAUUGACUGUUGAUGCUAUAACUGCAAGAAGUUUUCUGCCCAACGCUUCGGAUCAAGCUUACCUUGACUUCAGAGAGCACAUGCUGAUGGCAAUGAAGAAGACGCAGGAAACUCGUAGAUCAGGGUCCCGGCAACAGUGUUUAAGAAAGGACAACAGUGACCAAAGAACAACUACUGACUCCGUUAGAGUCUGUACUGCCUCAGAAUCCUUGAACUGUACUUCUAAAGUUGCUACAAGUGAGUCAACUUUUUCUGCAGUGUUGACCCCCACAUCAGAAACUACAACACACACUACGACUAUUUCUACAUCUGUAUGUACAAACUCAGCGCCUCUUCUAAGUAGAACGGUCGAUGGUAGCUCCAAUGAUAGCUUCAAAGACAGCGAUAAAAUAGCAGCAACCGAUUCCCCAGUUUCAAGUGAAAAUAGCCAGUCAACAACGCCUCUCAGCCUAUUUACCUUCCGGAAGAGAAGUCAGUCUCUGACUGACGAUAAAAAAGAUGAAGCAUACUGGGAAAGGAGAAAAAAAAAUAAUGAAGCUGCCAAAAGAUCGAGAGAUUCUAGAAGAGCUAAAGAAGAUGAAAUUGCCAUCAGGGCAGCAUACUUAGAACAAGAAAACUUGAAGCUCAGAGUUGAGGUCGCCACCUUGAAAAACGAGACUUUAAAAUUAAGGUGUUUACUGUAUAGUAGCUGAAAGCAAGCAUUUAUCACUGAUUUUAUGGUACUGUUAAAAGGUUAAACUAAGUAAAUGUGAAAACGUCGCAGUGGUUAACUAACAAGGAAAGCAUAACCCAGAUUACCAUUAUACGAACAACUGUAUCGUCAUGACAGUAGAUUAUGGAAGCGAGAAGUUUGAAACUACUUAAUGACAAUGGUUAGGAGAAAAUAGAUAUUUUAAAACCGAACGCUUUUAAGGUAUUAGGUAACGCUCAAAAUAAUUUAUCUAUUAUAAAGAUUUAAUAAAGUGUUUUAUUUGGAACGCGAGAUUUUUACGAUGAAUGUAAAUAUAAAUACUUGUAUAAAGCUUCAAUUUUUAUAAACUGUUUAUUUUCAUCCUAAUUUGUUAUUACAGAUAUCAGCUCAAUGUUUAAACAUAGAGUAACGUAUUGUGUAAUAAUAGUAAUACCAAGCACAUUUUGUUCUCAUAGCUAGAAGCUUAGCGUGAAUUAAAUUCCUGUUGAGUAAUUAGAAUUUAUAACUGGUAUAUCAAAAAAAAAAGUCUAACCUCAAAGAACUGUAUUUUUAAUGCAAGUUACCUUAAAAUUAAAAGAAAUAUAUUCUAAAGAUUGUUUGUGCUUAACGUGGCCCCCCCUCAGAGACGUUUUGAGCCUGUUAUAAGUGGUGGCCAUUUCUGCUGAUUUUUAUGUCAUAAAAGGGAACCUCCCGGUGUGAAGUCAAGUAGAAGGAUAUCAUGAAGAGU